CCCACAUCCCGCCUACCUUCAUCGGAUCGCCGAGUUACGAGCUUCCGCGCAAGCCUUUACAUUUACAACUACAUUUUGUGUCCUUAAUACCCUAAAACCUGAAUAAAAUUUAAGCCGUAAAAAGAAGGGUUUUCAUUUAUUGUAGUGUUCAAUUUACACUCUUGAUAUUGCGACCAUGGCCGAAGCUCCGAAGACCGAGGCUCCUAAGCCCGACGAGCCCACCACGCCAAUUCAGGAGCUAUGGAAAGUCGUUCAAGCCCAGCCUCAUCCUGAAGUCUGGGGCGUCACCCUAGCAGAUCCGGCUACCCACGUCCCCAGCCAGAUCGUACUGCAGAAGUACCUGAACGCCAACGACGGCGACAUCGUCAAGGCCCGGGAUCAGCUCGACAAGACUCUGGCGUGGCGCGCCAAGAUGAAGCCUUUGGAGCUCCUCGAGAAGACUUAUUCAAAGGCUAAGUUUGGGGGUCUUGGAUACGUCACUAAGUACGUCGCCGGCGACGAGAAGGCCACCGAUGACGAUCCCGAGUCUAGAGAGGUCUUCACCUGGAACAUCUACGGUGGUGUCAAGUCGAUCAAUGAGACCUUUGGCGUUUUAGACGAAUUCAUCAGCUGGCGUAUCGCCCUCAUGGAACUGGCCAUACAGGAGCUGUCUCUCUCCACGGCCACGAAGCCCAUCACGGCCGACUGGGAUCCGUACAAGAUCUUCCAGGUGCACGACUACAAGUCCAUCAGCUUCCUGCGCCAGUCGCCCCAGGUCAAAGCCGCCAGCACCGAGACCAUCCGCGUGUUCGCCCUGGCCUACCCCGAGCUUCUCAAGGAGAAAUUCUUUGUCAAUGUGCCUGCGAUUAUGGGUUUCAUGUACGGUGUUAUGAAGCUCUUCGUCGCUCCCAAGACCAUCAAGAAGUUCCAUCCGAUGUCGAAUGGCAGAAACUUGGCACACGAAUUCGCUGGCAGCAAAGUUCCCGCGCUUGGCGAGAAGCUUCCCGCCGAGUACGGCGGUAAGGGUGGAGAUCUGAACGCUCAGGGGAAGGGGCCUUCUGUCGAGUAAACUCUCAUCAUCUAACGACGCCAAGUUAGUUCAUGGCCACGGUUUUUGGUAGUCGGUAUGCGUGUAGGCGGUUUGGUGACGUGGUUGACUAAUAAUACUGGGGGAUGAUAAUAAUGAGGCACGACUUUUGCGUUGACUUUA